GGUUGGCGCCAUCUUGCAUUGCAGCAGUUUCCUGCAGCUUGGUCAAAAUCAGUGGCUGUCAUUUUUCGCAGCAGAGCAGAAAAUCUGGAAAAUAUGGAGCCUUCCAAGGAAAAUGGGGAUGUGCCGAAGAGUGAGGAGAUCACGAAGAGGUCAAUCCGUGUCCAAGUAUGGAAGAAGCUCCUCGAGCAGAAAGCCGCAACUCAUACCAACUACGUCUACAAUCGCAUCACGAACUUCGUGGGGGCCGAGAAGGCCGCCGCCCUUCUUGCGGACACGCAGGAGUUCAAGAAUGCCCAAAGAAUCAAGAUCAACACGGACAAGCCGCAGGAGCCCAUCAAGCUGCUGGCUCUGGGCGCCGGGAAGCCCCUGUUCGUCUCCCCAGUGCGCGACUCCACGGCCCUCCUGGCCAAGCUCGAGGCUCCGGCCGAUGCCGAUCUGGCCGUGCAGAAGCAGCUCAUUCGUCCGCAGGUGCUGCGCGAGAAGGGCGAGGAGAUCAAUCACGACACGGACCUGAAGCUGGACAUGAUUGUUAUCGGCUCCGUGGCGGUGGACAGAGAAGGUCGCCGAAUUGGCAAGGGAAAUGGCUACGUGGAUCUGGACUUUGCUCUUCUCGUGCACUGCGGAGUUAUCACCAAUGACACCCUGAUCGUGACAACGGUCCACGACGCUCAGGUCUCCGACAGCUUACCGGCUGAUCUCUUCAAAAGCUACGACGUACCUGUGGAUAUGAUCGUGACGCCCACGGAGGUGAUCCGCGUGGCGAAGCGCCUUCCGCGUCCGCAGGGCAUCGAGUGGCCGCUGCUCUCGCAGCGUCGCCUCGGCAUCGUGCCCGUGCUCAAGGUGCUCAAGGAGAAGGAAGAGGCAGCCAACAAGGCGAUCGAGUUGAAGGCCGAGGACACGGAUGUGGAGUCAAAUCGCAAGCCGCGUCAGAAUCGAAAUAAGCGCUUCAUGAAGCGCCAGCGCAAGCCUCGCGCGGAGAACAAUGGUGAAAAUAACUUAUCCAUUGACUUGCAGGAAAACCAACGAACCCGACGCCCACGCAGGAAAUUCCCUCGACGUCGCAGCGAGAGAGACAAUCAGAAUGGCCAGGAGAAUCCAUCAGAGAAGCCGCCUGGUGAUCGUCGUCGUGGUACAGAUCAUAGCAAUAACAUUUGUAUCAAAGUUACAAACAUCUCCAAGAACGUUCGCGUGAAGGACAUCAAGGCGGAGAUCCGACAACGUGGCUGCAAUCCGCACUUCAUCUCCUGGAAGAGCGGACGAUGCUUCUUGUAUUUCCACAAGCCGGCCACUGAUCUGGAGCAGGCCACCAACGAUCUUCUGAACUCGCUGGCCGACCUGAAGGUGCGCGUGCAGAACGAGGAUCAGAUGGAGGAGGUGGAGUUGCGUGUUGAGAUUAUGAAGUCGCAGGAGCGCAAUAACAAAAACGAUUUAAAUAGAAUUGAAACCACUGACGUCACCGCAGUGUAAAUCAAUUUUCAUUGAAACUAACUAAAAAGAAGCAGAGGUGAGUUAUUGACGAAGGGAGUCGCGAGAGAUGUGACAAUGAUUUAAGUGAAAUUUGGAAAGAAGCACUAAGAAAAGGGAGGUUUAUUAUAAUGAGCAUCUCAAGCGAAGAGAGAGUAUAUUUGAAUUUUUGCGGUAAAUUGAAGUAUAGAGAAAAAAAAUGAGAUGAAUUGAACAAAUGAUUAGAGAAGAAUUUUAGACAAAAAAAAGAAGAAAAGAGUGCGAUUUUGAAGAAGCCUCAUGAAAAAUUUAUGUUUUUUGCUACAUAUUAUUGAAAAAUCAAGGAACAUUUUGAUUGUUUUCAACUGAGUUUUUUUUAUGAUGGCAAAAGAAAAUCAUAAAAAUAGAAAAAAAACUACAAAAAAAAGAGUUUGCAAUUCAAAGAUUUUCAUACCAAUAAUGAAUUUUUCUGUUUUUUUUUCCUUUUUUUUGUACCAUAAAAUAUAACCAUAAUUUGAGUAUUCUUUUGAAGUAAAGCGAUGAGAAUUCACCUGUUUAAAUUUCUGACAAGUUAAUACGAUAGAAUACGAUUUUGAUGGCUAAUGGAAGAAAAGAGAGAGAGAAACGUAAUGAAGUAAUAUUUAAUAAUAUUAACCCAUUAACAAAAAAUUGAGAUCAAUAAUGAAAAAAAGAAAAUUAUCGUAUAAGAACUUUUAAUUGUAAUAAUACGUAUAAUUGAAAAGAAUGAAGAGAUAUUUCAAUGUUUUUUUUUCUUAUUUAGCAACUUCACUCAGAUGAUUUUGUAUUUUUUUUUUUCAUAUCGAUUCGACAUUUAUUUAACAUUUGUCUUGAUUACAAUUGGAUAAACUAAAGAAAUGAAUCACAAUAAAAUAUUUAUGUUAAAUAAUAAUUGAUAAUUUUCUUGUGUUAACAUAGUUUUAUAUGGAGUUUACUGCUGGGAAUAAAUUGACAAGUAAAAAAAAGAGAAAAUCGUAGAGAUUUCGCUAAAAAAAAAGAGCGGGAGAAAACUAAGAUGUGAAAAGAAUUUAAGCUCAUGAAUUAUUGAAACGUGCAGAAAAGAAUCGCGCAGUGAUUUUAUCCUCUAUUUUUAACUAUCAUUGUACAACUAAAUAUUUAUUUAAAUUUUUCUAUAUGCAUUCUCGCUCUUCAUUUAAUCAUCCUCACUGCUUGACUUGAUUCAGUGAGUGAAUUAUGUUUUCUCCCGCUGAACUUUUCACUUGUUGUGCAUUAAAUAUCUCUUGAAGAACUUUUAAUGGAAGUUUUGCAACGUAUUUCGCGUCAGAGAAGUUUUAUUUUGGACGUUUUUCAUUGAUAUUUCUUCACUUUUCUAAUACAGUUCAGUGAAAUAUUGAGUCGUAGCAAGUUUUGUAUAACAUUUAAGAACCAUGAAUUAGAUUUUUAGUCCCUUUUAUCAAUCUGAAAUUUCCCACUGGGUUUUAGUGAAGAGGAAAACAAACUGUUUAACCUUUCUGGAAUGUUGUGUCAAAGCAAAUUGAGAAUAAAAAAUUUGCCGUAUUUGAGAAAUCCUUUAUACAUCUUUAAAUCAUAGUGAAAAGAUGCUUUACAACCCUUUGAAUUUAUGAUGAAAAAAAAACUUGAAAUUCAAAACUGAUUAAAUAAAAUACAAGACUGUUAUGGGCUCGGAUAAUUUUAUCGAGAGAAAGAGAGGAGAAAUUAUAAAGAGAAGUAUAAUAAAAAAAAUUGAGAAGAAUAUUGAGUAAAUGAAAAUUGCAUUAAAUAUGUUGCAUAAAGAUUGAAUAAAGAAAAAAAAACAGAAGUAAAUGAUUGAAAACGAUAAAAAGAUUUAAGAAGUAAAAGAAGAAAAAUUACAAGGACUUUUUCUAUAUUGAUUGAAAUAAUAUAACGUAUAUAUUUUUUCAUGAUGCUGAAAGAUAUUGAAUUAAUAAAUGUACUUUAAUUAUAUAUAAAAAUAACUAUAGAUAUGUAAAGAGAUGAUAAAAAAACAGAAAACAAAUAA